UGUGUACAGGAAGUGUCUGGCCAAUGGGACGUGGGCAGCAAGGGGCAACUACUCCAUGUGCCAAGCCAUCCUGCAUCAGGAGAAGAAAGGAAAGCUCCACUACCAGAUCGCCGUCAUCAUCAACUUCCUGGGUCACUGCAUCUCCAUGUUGGCGCUGCUCGUCGCCUUCUUCCUCUUCCUGUGUCUCAGGAGCAUCCGCUGCCUGAGGAACAUCAUCCACUGGAACCUCAUCACCGCCUUCAUCCUCAGGAACGCCACCUGGUUCCUGGUGCAGAUCACCAUCAACCCCCAGGUGCACGAGAGCAACGUGGCGUGGUGUCGCCUGGUGACAGCUUCCUUCAACUACUUCCACUCCACCAACUUCUUCUGGAUGUUUGGAGAAGGCUGCUACCUUCACACGGCCAUCGUGCUGACUUACUCCACUGACAAGCUGCGCAAGUGGAUGUUCUUCUGCAUCGGCUGGUGUAUCCCCUUCCCCAUCAUCGUGGCCUGGGCCGUCGGGAAGUUCUACUACGACAACGAGAAGUGCUGGUUUGGGAAGCGGGCCGGCGUCUACACGGACUACAUCUACCAGGGUCCCAUGAUCCUGGUCCUGGUGAUCAACUUCAUCUUCCUCUUCAACAUCGUCAGAAUCCUCAUGACCAAACUACGAGCGUCCACCACCUCCGAGACCAUCCAGUACAGGAAGGCGGUGAAAGCCACGCUGGUGCUCCUCCCCCUUCUGGGAAUCACCUACAUGCUGUUCUUCGUCAACCCAGGUGAAGACGAGGUCUCUCAGAUGGUCUUCAUUUACUUCAACUCCUUCCUGGAGUCCUUCCAGGGCUUCUUCGUCUCCGUCUUCUACUGCUUCCUCAACAGUGAGGUGCGCUCUGCGGCCAGGAAGCGCUUCCAUCGCUGGCAGGAGCAACAUUCCAUCCGAGUGAGGAGCACCCAGGCCAUGUCCAUCCCAACAUCUCCAUCCAGGGUCAGCUUCCACAGCAUCAAACAGUCCACGUCGCUAUGACGACACCUCUUCUUCUUCUUCUUCUUCUUCUCUCCAUUCCCCACUUUGGAAGGAAGACAUCUUUGAAGAUGUCAUCAUCACGGACAGACAUAUUUGAUGAUGUCACCACUGAGAGACAUAUUUGAUGAUGUCACCACUGAGAGACAUAUUUGAUGAUGUCACCACUGAGAGACAUAUUUGAUGAUGUCACCACUGAGAGACAUAUUUGAUGAUGUCACCACUGAGAGACAUAUUUGAUGAUGUCACCACCACUGAGAGACAUAUUUGAUGAUGUCACCACCACUGAGAGA